GGACUUUAUAAGACAUAGUGUGGAUGAACUCAAAUCAAGUCUACCGCUUCUGCAAAACCUUACGAAUUUUCGGGGUGACGCACCAAUCAUUUUGUGACAUUUGACCUUCAAGUGCUCAACAACCUCUAACAGUGGAUGAUACCCCUGAAGGGUUGCUCAAGGCUAUCUCGUUCUCAUGUUUUCCGUACUAUAAUCGAGAGAAAAAUCUCAGCAAACUGAUACAAAAACAUCAAUUUUGUAUGUUUCUACAUGGGUUUUAUUAUUUGCUGCCCUGUUUUUAAAGGUACAUGAAAUAUUUGGGAAACAAAUUACUUGUUCAUCAUCGAUACGGUCGAAGUCACGGAAUUACAAAUCACACUUCGUGUAAAACCUUCCUAAAAGACUGCAAAUGAUUUUCAAGUUAUGGAAAGUUCAUUGGGCAGUGUGCUACUCACCAUCAUUUUACAAAGUACGCUACAGUUCAAGAUCUCACUCUCCUGCAUUCGUAAUUAGAAUUAAACUACUAAUAUUUGUUUUAAGACAUCCAAGAAGAUCAAACUCGAGGUAUGGGAGGGAAUAACUGUCAAGGAAUUGUCGUCAGCUGCUAAAAUAUCUCCUCACGUAAUUCUUAGAACCUUAAACUCAGCUCUUGUUACAAAACACAAAGCAGACACCAAUUCUAGUAUGAUUGCUUUUGCACAGUUAGUUAAACUUUAGAGUUGGAAGAUAAAGCGAUCAUCGAAACUCUAGUGAAAUUAAUGGGAUUCACACCAGUGUUCAGGCACCAGAUUAUUCACGAAACAAUCGACUGUGAUGCUUAUCCAAGACCACCUUGUCCUCCGGAAAAAUGUGAACCACGCCCCCCCAUAGUCGCUGUCUUGGGUCAUGUGGAUCACGGAAAGACAACUUUGUUAGAUGCGUUACGCUCCAGUAGAGUUGUUGACGAAGAAUUUGGAGGUAUAACUCAGCAUCUUGGUGCAUUUACAGUAUCUUUGUCAUCUGUUGAACGCAAUGCUGGAUCUACAGAUCCCAAUCCCGUAUCAUUUUCCAAAAGCAUCACUUUUUUAGAUACUCCAGGCCAUGCAGCAUUUUCUGGCAUUCGUUUUCGAAGUACCAAAGCAACUGAUAUCAUGCUUUUGGUAGUCGCUGCUGAUGAUGGGGUUAAACCUCAAACUGUUGAGGCGAUUCGUUACGCAAAAGAAACAAACACUCCUAUAGUUGUCGCAAUCAAUAAAAUUGAUAAACACGAUAUCAAUAUGGAUAAAGUAGUCCAAGGUCUAGCUACUUAUGAAGUUUUAACUGAACAAUUGGGUGGUGAUAUACAAGCAGUUCCAAUAUCAGCAUUAAAACGAAUGAAUCUUUCUGAAUUAUUAGACGCUAUUAUUCUCCAAGCUGAACUAAUGGAGUUGAAAGCAGAUCAUACUGGAUUGGCUGAAGGUGUUGUUUUAGAAUCGGAAACACUUCAUGGGAUUGGAAAAACGGCUACCUGUCUUAUCACUCGAGGUGUUUUGCGUAAAUCACCCAAUAGUGGUCCACUUAUAGCUGGUGAAGCAGUCUGUACCCCGCGAAUCUUGCUAACCGAUACAGGAAAACCUGUGGAUUCAGUUAACCCCGGAUUUGUAGCCCGAGUAGCCGGUUGGAAAGAUCUCCCCUGUGCAGGAGAUCUUAUCCUAGAGCUAGAAUCUACGAAGCGAGCGAAUGAAGUUCAGCGAUAUCGACGGUGUAUAAAAAUACAAGACAAAGUUAAAGAAGACCGUGAUGCAUAUGAUCUUCGAGCGUCUCAUCAUCGAGAACAUCGAGAGAAAUACGCAGAAAAAUGUUUGAGCCUUCAUCGUCGUCAGUGGCGUAAACUUAAAAUAGAACGUGAUUUAGCUGAAUCUAGUUUAUUGAAAGAAAAUUCUAAUCAAAUUUCCUUACCACUUGUAAUCAAAAGUGAUGUACAAGGUAGUUUAGAAGCGAUAAAAACACUCCUUUCUACCUAUUCAUCAGAUCAAUGUAAAAUAGAAUACUGCAUUACUGGUGUUGGUCCGUUGACUGAAUCUGAAGUAGACGCUGCCGCUGCAGUUAAUGCAAAUGUACUACUAUUCAACAUUCAUGCUCUUCCAGAAGCAACAAUUGCAGCUGAACAAAAUCGUGUUAAAAUUAAAGAAUUCAAUAUUAUUUAUCGAUUGGCUGAAGAAGUUAGGGAAUUAGUGAACGAGAAGCUUCCACCAAUAUUGGUCGAGAAGAUAAUUGGUGAAGCGGAAAUUCUCCAGCUGUUUACGAUUAAAGCAUCUAAAAGUGUUGUGAAGACUAGACUUAUACCAGUUGCUGGAUGUAGAUGUAUUAAAGGAAAUAUUAUCGCUAAUGUUAAUAAAAUAGGCUCUAUUCUCACAGAUCUAGGUGUUGAUGGUGAACCGACUGAAUUGUGUUACCGCAUUGUCCGUCCGACUCACCACUCAACAUCACCAAACAAUAAACAUGGAGAAAAUCCAACUACCGCUGAAAAGGACUUUUCUGAUUCUAAAAAUACCAUAGUGGAUCGAGCUAACUGUUACUCACUGCGUCAUGAAAAAUCUACUGUUGACAGUAUUCGGAAAGGAGUAGAUUGUGGUAUUGUAUUAGUUUCUCCUGAAGUUCCGGAUAUUCAUAGCAGCAAUCAAAAUGUAUCUGCGAUGAAUUUCAUUUCGCAAUGGAAGGUAGGAGAUAUAAUUCAAUGUUAUGUAACAAUAAGUGAAAAGAGUUCAGUUGAUUGGGAUUUCGAGACCUGUAUUUCAGAAACACCAAACACUCGAAAUCUCAUAACUUGAUCAUUUUUAUUUUUAAAACAAUAAACAAUCUGUAUAAGAGAAUAAACUUACUAUCAAACAUUUUUUUACAAUUGCCUGGUCUGAAUUAUAUAUAUGACAUGUGUGCAUUUUACGAUGGAUGGAUUUCUAGCAUCCAUGUGGCCUAAAUAUAACUGUUUAACAUGAGCGAGGCAUGUAUCAAUAAUUUCUGCUACAGGAAUUCCAAAAUCUAAACAGUAUUGUGAUGCUUCUCCAUGGUUCCAAUAGCAAUAUCACAUGCUUUCUGUCGAUCUUUUGUCAUGGAGCACUGAAAUCGAAUUUUAGUACGAAGGAUCUCACUUAUUAGUUUGAUAAAAAUAUCUUCUAAACAAAACUAAGUCUCUUCGUAUUUAAAUGCGUUUACCUUAAAGCAAACGUCAUAAAAAUGAAAUUAACGAUGUUCGAAUCUAGGAUUACCGCGAAGCUCAUAAAAAUACUUCGUUUGAUAAAUAAGCUAGUAAUAAACUCGCCCCCACCCCCACAGUUUUAUAAGCAGAAAAUUCCAUUUUCUUCCUCAUAUUGCGACACAAUGUUACAAUUAUAUACUGGGAUAUAUGAGUGAAUAUAUAAUUUAACAAGGAUCCAUUUAUUACAAAAUGAAUAGAUGUAUCGCACAAGGCUCUUCCAGUCAGUCAACUACAACUUAGGUCCAGGCACAUAUAUGCCUCAGUCUAAGUUGCCACACCUCAUUAGCAC